CCGUUACUUAACAUACCUUAUUUGAGGUGGCAUCUAUCCCUUUUGACUCGGGCCUCGUGGCAUCUCCCUCUUUCAAAUCGCAACAGAAAAGUCACCAAAAUGCCUCCUCAACCAUCAGUCGUCACGAAGCUCAAGGUCCAGCUCAAGCUGGCCAUUGCACGGCUGCGCAUGGUCCAACAGCGCGAUGACUCCAUGGGAAAGACACAACGACGUGCGAUGGCGCAGCUCCUCGAGGUGGGCAAAAUCGACUCUGCGCGCAUUCGCGUCGAGAACAUCAUUCGAUCCGAUAUCACGACCGAGCUGCACGAGAUACUAGAGCUGUACUGCGAAUUGCUGAUCGCACGCGCGGGGCUACUCGAGGGAUCAGCCUGUGAUCCGGGGCUGGAGGAGGCGGUAAAGAGCAUCAUCUACGCCGCGCCGAAGACGGAGAUCAAGGAGCUGCAGGUGGUGCGAACGCUAUUGGCGGAGAAGUACGGCAAGGAGUUUGUUUUUGCAGCGAUGGACAACUCAGAUGGUAAGGUGUCGGAUAAGGUUGUCAAGAAGCUGAGCGUCACGCCGCCACGGGAAGAACUCGUACAAGGGUACUUGGAGGAAAUCGCGAAGGCGUACAACGUGGACUGGCCGAAGCGACCUCUGGCUGACGAGCCGCCGGACCUGCUGGACGAUGACGACGACGAUAACCCAAGCGGGGGAUUGGACUCCAAAGUGGCCAAGGAACAGGAGGAGCUGAGCAAGGCGACACCGCCGAGGACGAUUGGAGGUCCCAGCAGCCCUCUGACUGUCACACCGCCAAGGAUGACAACAGACAACGUCCACCCGAAAGUUACGCUCAACUCGCUGGAGCUGAAGCCUAACAAGAAGAUGGACGCGGCGGCGCAGAAGAAACCAGCUGGAAAGGGUCCAGGAGGCAACGUACCUGACAUUACGGAGCUGGAGAGGAGAUUUCAAGCUUUGAAGCGAUGAGCCUGAUGUGUCUAGGCAAGGGGUGAUUUGAUACGAGGAUAUCUGGAGGGUAUUUGAGGGCUUGUGUGCUUCUUGUUAAAGGUCUAGGCAUGGCGCGGAAUGAAUUCAUAUUACAGGCGUCCUGCAUCGACAUGAUCUCGUUCUCUCAAUAGUAUGGGGUUUGCAACAUUUACCCCGGGAUGUGUAACAAGUCCAAGUGCAGGUCCUGUCAUCAUCUUCACUGAGGCACGUCCAAUAAGUGAGUAAGGCGAAUCUACGUUACCGAUUUCUUGUAAUGAUACAUGAGGAAGG